UCUUUUUCUUUUCAGACACACACACCAAUGUACCGCGGACCAGGAUCAGCGCCCGCAGCUGGCCCGAGCGAUUUCAGCAGCAGCGUUAGCAGCGGACCCAGCAUAACGACGCCGCAGUCGAGCCACCACUCGAGCAGCAGCAGCGGCGGCAGCAGCAGCAACAGCAGCAGCAACAACAAUGGGCUUCUCGGAUCGUUCGGGCGGCACCCGCUGAUUGAGCAGGCUGAGGAAGUGGCAGAGCAGGCGCUGUCCAAGGGCAAAAAGUACCUGCCGACGAUCGCGCGGCUGCUGCUUGUGUCGACCUUCCUCGAGGACGGGACGCGGAUGUGGUUCCAAUGGGGCGACCAGAGCGACUACUUCCGCCGCACCUGGGGCGUCCACUGGGCCCUCGUCGUCCUCUUCCUGGUGCUCAACAUGACCGCCCAGAUUGGCGGAUCUCUCCUCAUUGUCGCGCGCAAGCACGUCCGCGUCGCUGCAGGCGUCCUCUUUGGCGUCAUUGUUGCCCAGACCCUCGCGUACAGCGUCCUGUGGAACCUGAGCUUCUUCUUGCGAAACCUCGCCAUGACCGGCAGCCUCUUCCUGCUCAUCGCGGAAGCUCAAGACAGCAAGCCCGUGUACACGGCGGGCUUGACUGUGGAGACGGACAAGGAGCGCCAGCACGGAUACCUCUUGCUGGUCGGCCGCGUGCUGACCGUCUUUAUGUUCUUCACGCUGCUGCACCAGCCAUUCGGCCUGCUCAAAAUUCUGCUCAUCAUUGUCGGCUCGAGUCUGAUUGCUCUGGUCGUGGUCGGCUUCCGCACCAAGCUUUCGGCACUGCUGCUCGUCGCCUUCCUCGGCAUUCUCAAUCUCUUCCUCAACCCAUUCUGGACGUACAAGUCGUGGGACACGUCGCGCGACUUUGCCAAGUACGACUUUUUCCAAACUCUUUCGGUCAUGGGCGCCCUGCUCAUGAUUGUGUCGAUUGGCCCCGGCAUGAUGAGUGUAGACGUCCGCAAGAAGGCCUACUAAACGCGACAGUCUACGUAUUCCUGCACUUUUUCCAGGGAUCUCUCUGCGUGUGUGUUUGUGUGUGUGUGUGUGUGUGUGUCUG